AUGCUGGCUGUUGUUGACGACGACUACCGUCGGGCAGAACACAACAUGUUGGAACCAGCCUACGGUGCUAACUUAUUCAUUUUCUGGUGGCUAUUUAGCCUUGUGCAAGUAUGUGGUCAAAGAGUAGCCAAAUAUUUUCGGACGAUAAAGUUUCGGAGCUGGACGUUUUCCUUCAGUCAUUUUCUUCCUUUGUCAUUUCAAAAGAACGUAGAGGAGUUACAUAAUGGAAUUAAUGGCCCGUAUUCCAAUCAAGAAACUCCAACAGUGAUCAUUGGUGAGUUUUCUCAUAUUUUCAAUAUUAUCUAUCUAUCUAUCUAUCUAUCUAUCUAUCUAUCUAUCUAUCUAUCUCUUAAUACGCACAUACGCAUCUAUCUAUCUAUCUAUCUAUCUAUCUAUCUAUCUAUCUAUCUCAGUUUAUUUUGCUCUAUUUAUCAAUGUAUCUGCCUGUCUUUGAAUGUCUAUCUGAUUGUUCAUUUACAUAUAUUCAUUUUACUCUCUUCAUAUCUUUGUCCAUUUACAUCUGUAUAUCUAUCUGUUUGCAACGAUAGCGGGUUGGCUCUCAGCACGAGUCGUCAAGGCUCGUAUGCAUAUAAAUAUCAAUAUUUCCGACUCACAUUUACAACACAAAAAGACAUUCCACAUGUAAUGACCUCAUGCAGAUUUCCCAUUCCUUCGUAG